AUGGGACAAAAUCGACGACGUACUCCUGCGUACGGUCAUCGACGCCUUUCCCAAGUGACUCAGCGCUGUCGUCCGUGCCAAAGGUGGCCGAAUCGAGAAGUAACUUAUGAUCGUCAAUGUACCAGUUCACAUCCUGCAUCGACAAUGGUUUGGGCCGGAGUAUCUGCAAAUACGCCUAUUCCAUUGGUUUUCGUGAAAAAUAAAUCCGUGGAUCAAAAAUCGAUGACAACUGUUGCCUUUAAAAAAAGGUCGCGGUUGACUGGACUUUUGGAAACGACUGUAUUUUCCAGUACGACGGUGCACCAGCUCAUUUAUCGGCUUCGGUGUAAAAGUGAAUCUGUGACAGUUUGA